AUGCGAAUUCACGUUCAUCGUUGAAAACCACCUCACUAUGAUGGAUGGUAAACUGUUGGUGUAUCCCCAAGAAGGUCAAUUAUAUCACUUCGACAUUCAAAACCCAACUCCCAGUGACAUCAUUCCAACGGAAAAUAUCAUUACCGGGGACGGCUACUAUGAUUCACGUGUGGUAACAGUAGCUAACUACAGUCUUCCGGGUCCACCAGUAAUUGUUUACGAGGGUCAAAUGGUCACGGUCCACGUACACAACCAUAUGGCCAGUGAUGCAGUAACCGUCCACUGGCACGGGUUGCCCCAACACGGCACACCUUGGAUGGACGGAGUAGCCUUUAUAACGCAGUGCCCUAUUCUUCCAGGUCAGAAAUUUACAUACCGAUUCAAAGCCACUCCAGCGGGAACGUUUUGGUACCAUUCUCACAUAGGAGCCCAGCGGUCAAUGGGGCUGAACGGGGCUCUUAUUAUAAGGGAGAAGGCCCCUCUAGAGAUUGACGAACACAUCCUCACAAUACAAGACUGGAACCAUGAUAUUGAUUCGGACAUGGCACAAAUGAAAAUGACUUACGGUAAUUUUAGAAACGGAAGUAGGGUUAACAAUACAAAGUCAGUAGAGGGCGCUUCCUUCAGCAUGUUCCACAUGCAAUCUGGCUUAAUAAACGGAAGAGGGCGUUACUAUGACGAACGUUCAGGAAAUCACAAUGGGGCACCUCUUUAUAUCUUUAAUGUAACACCCGGGAAAAGGUAUCGAUUCCGAAUGAUAGGUACUGGUGUUUUAUACCCAUGGCGCCUUUCCAUCGACAACCACAUGUUAACAGUCAUUGCUUCGGAUGGCAUGGAUAUUGAACCGGUUACAGUACAGUCAAUCAUUAUUAAUCCCGGAGAGAGGUAUGAUUUCCUCUUAGACGCCAAUCAGAUUACUUCCAAUUACUGGAUCAGGGCUAAGACUUUAGAAAUAAAUUUGAAUCACACCGCGGAAGCCAUUUUACAUUACAAAGGAGCUAGGGAUGUGGAACCAACGACUUCACCUCACACGUGCACGCCUACAAACAAGUGCGUGACACUGAAUUGUCCGUUUACCUAUUUCCCACCCUGGUACAACUCCACUUGUAUAAAUGCCGAUAAAUUCAGACCAAAACAAAAUAUGGCGAUGGCAAAUAGCACAAAUUCUAUUCCACUGGAAGAACCUGCAAGUGAAGAGUUUCUUAAUUUCGCUUUUCCGGGAAUUUCUUUUACUCCGGGCUCUGUAAAUGGAAGGAAGUUUAAAACGCCUCCUGUAUCCGGUCUUACACAGACGAAUGAAGUAGAUGACGAGGUUCGUUGUAACGACAGAGAUUGUGGCGAAGAUAAGAUAUGUUAUUGCUUUAACACUUUAAAUCUAGAUUUCAACAAAACAUAUCACCUUGUUUUUCUAAAUAUGGGACUUGGUCGAGGUUGGGCACAUCCUAUACACAUGCAUGGCCACUCUUUCGAAAUUCUGAAGAUGGGAUUUGCUGUGUAUGAUAGUAACGGACAGAUUGUAUCUGACAGCCCCGAUAUAGAUUGUCAUGGGAAUGGAAACUUAAGCUUCUGCAAUCAGGCCACCUGGUCCAACCCAUCCUGGAAAGGCAACAAUGUGCCUGGUUUGGAGUUAAAUAAUCCUCCUCGAAAAGAUACGGUUAUAAUUCCAUCUGGUGGAUACGCCGUCGUCAGGAUCAGGUCCGAUAACCCAGGUUUGUGGUUCUUGCAUUGCCACAUCGAGCUGCAUAACUUAGACGGGAUGGCCAUGGCGGUUAACGAAUCUUCGCAGCUUGCCCCGCCACCACCGGAAGGCUUCCCAGAAUGUCGAAACUUCCGGUACGAUCAGCGCCCCCACACCACUCAUAAACACAAGCGUUCUGUAGAAGUUGAAGUCGUAUCAGAAACACAGUCGGGUCAGAAUAACACCAGAGCAUUUGUUGUGCUGACGUCGCAGCAGUUUUGGACAAUACUUGCUCUACUCAUAGUGGUAAUCUGCCUACUACUGACCACCAUCGUAUGGCUUGGCCUCAACAGGAGGAUUGUAAACCACGUGACCAAACAAUGAUCAGUGUGUUUUUAACUCACAGAGCUCGUUGUUUAUUAUUUUCGAUCCAUGUGAUACGAUGAUUUCCUCAUAAUAAAAAAAGUCCAAUAUUGCCUAUC